AUGCACAAGAUCAGCAACUUCACCGGCCAGGCCCGUCAUGGCUGGGAACGGAUGACUCCAGCAGCGUUCGGCAUGUCACGAUUCCACCAGGACAUGUCCACGCCGCAACCACUGAGACGUCCACAAGGCUCUCCCGCCAUCGUGUCACCAAUAUCAAGCGAACCAACGCCCGUCAAUCUUUCUUUCAACGUUCCCUUCUCCUACAACCUCGCCGGCCCGGACUCUGAAGAAAUUCUGCAUUCGAGCCCGGGUGCUUCUCAACGAUGGACCUUCCCAGCGGGCACUUCGGAGGGGACGCCGUGCCACCAGCUGCCGGUCCAUGUACAGAAUGAAGAGAGACUGCGUUCCCUGUGCUCGUACAUCAGUGAGCAGAGUGGAGGUCGUAUACAAGCAACGGUUACAUCCUCGGAGCCGAAGGCCGGACCUGCUCUACACAGAAAAUCCCAGGCAUUGGUGACAAAUGUGUGCAUUUCUGGCGAGGGCGAACUGGUUUACAAAAUGAGGGCCAAGAUUCUGAACGAGACUCCUAUUUUGAUGCGUUCCGCAAUUGUUGAUAUCGAUCCUGAUUUGAUCCUGGACGGCGCAGAAACCGGAAUCCGCUCCAGUGUUCUCAGCCAUAUUGAUCUUUGUGCCAAGUACACCGGAACCGACAUCUUUCUCCUCAAACCUCGUAAUGGAGAUGCUUCCUCCACCGGCGUUUCUUACGGCAGUGGCGCCGAUAGUGGCCUGGACCAGCGUUACCGAGUGAGCAUCUUCGGUGACAUGGAAAGUGUCGAACAUGCAAAAACUAGGGCAUUGAUGAUGAUCGAUCAAAUUCUCAAACACAAAAUCGACGUGAUCAAACUCGAAGUCACCAUGCACACCUUGGUCUCCGGUCGUACGGGGAAGAACAUCAAAAUGAUCGAAUCGGCGACAAAGACUGCCAUAUACUUUCCACCUCCAUUUCCUGGGGUCUUCGGAUACAUUCCGCCACAUGCUACACGUCGAGCGGCAGAUGAGAUCUUCAUUACCGGAGAAACGCAGGAACGGAUAAACCAGGCGAAGCAGAAGUUGAAAGAGCUGGUCGUGGGCAUCAAGCUAUAUUCCAAGGAUGUUGUGGUUUCGGCCAGUAAAAUUGAUAACAUCCUACUUGAUCGACUGGACAAAGUACGAAAGAUCAUGGAGACCAAUGGAUCCCACGUCCUGUUCCCGCAGCUUGCAAGCCAACGAGGUCUUGUACGAGUGCAAGGGACCGACGUCCUUAACGUCGAAAGGACGGUCAAAGAAAUCAUGGCUCUGGCGGGACAGUUUUUCAGUGCUUCCUGGUGGAUCAUGAUGCCUGAUCCGACACAAGGCUCAGGUCUUCGAGCACCGUCACCAGAGGAUGUCCGGGUCAUGCUGAGUGACAUUUGCACAAAUUCGGGUGCAGAGAUCAGCUUCGACAAGUUUACCUUCACCAUCAACGGCUCUGACGACGCGGUGAAAGCAGCAAUGAUGGUCAUCAAUCAAAUUCCCUUUGUCAAGAGGACUCCUCACCAGCUGAAGGUCAAGAUUGAACUUGCCAACGAGCACAAAGAGUUCGUUAGUGGGAAGAAGAAUGGAAAGAUUAACAAGAUCAUGGGUCAAAGCAAUGUGCAAAUCAUUUUUGACGGCUUCAACGAGUACAACUUCUACAUUGACGUUGUAGGCAGUCAAUACGAAGCUGUGAAAACUGGUCUAGACUUGGUGGAGCAGGAAAUGCCAGCCUCCAUUUCGUUCCAUGUCCCUGACCAGUACCACAAACGGAUCAUCGGAAUUGGUGGACAACAUAUCCAGCGCAUCAUGAAGAAGUACUCGGUCUUCGUGAAGUUCUCCAAUGCAAUGGACCGCGGAGGUGUGGGAAAGGACGACGAUGACAUCAAGGUGGACAACGUCAUCUGUCGGACACCUGCACGCAACGCACAGAGCUUGGACUUGGUGAAACAGGAGAUUAUGGAUAUGGUGGAAAAAGCUGACGCCGAGUUUGUCUCCGAGACCGUGGUCAUUAACAGACUCUACCAUCGCGAAUUGAUCGCACGAUUGACGGAAAUUGAGGACUUGGAGAAGAAAUGGAACUGCAAGAUUGACUUCCCAAACACCGAGCAGGCCAGUGACAUUGUCACCAUUUCGGGCCCAGAGUAUCAAGUCCCCCAGGCGGUAGAUGCAUUCCUUGGGAUGGUGCCUGAGAGCCACGAGAUUGCUUUCCAAAAAUCGGACGACCUGCAGGCUUUCUUCAGCAGUCCUGAAUUCUAUAACGACCUCUGUCCGAAACUGAGGAAUCAGUACGAAGUGGAUGUUCACGCCAAUCCCGACCUUGGCAGCCUACCGAAGUCUGCUACAGCUUCGGUGGAACGUAUCGUCGGCCCAUCCGAGGGGAGGCUUGUACUGACAUACACGCGAAACAAUGCAGGCGGGCUGAAGGAUGCGAUCGAUUACCUCAUAUCGCAGCUUGUACCUCACGGGCUCGACGCUACGACGGUCAAGGGUGCAAUUCCACGGCCUAAGUCAGACUCAUUCGAAGACUCUCUCCCUUUCUUUGACUCGAAGCUGUUGCAAAACGCGCCCUCUCUACAUUCCACCGACUCUCCAACACGCUUGAGCUUUGCAGAUGGCGACAGCACCCCGGUUUCGGAGCGUGCAUCUUUGUUCGACCGGCUUCGCAAACCGGGCAGCAUCUCAUCCUUCUCGUCCUUUAUGAGCCGCAAAAACCAGAACAACUCGCCGGGGACGUUCUUCAAGCAGGCCUCUUCUAACGCCAGUAAAGCGUCACUCAUCUCCAUGGAAAGUCGUGAGAGCGGUUACCGGAAUUUCUGGAACGAUAGUGGCGUCAACCUCCCCGAGGAGGAUGUUUCGGUCUCGCUCAGUGGUGGCUGGCCAUCACGUUUUCACGAAAACAAAUUCCCCUUUGGGACUGGCGGUGGUAUACCCGGAGACAGAACUCCCAAGCACGAGCCUCCUCGCGCCAGUUUUGACUCUGGAAGGCCACCGACAUCGCAUUCUCUGUCAUCCUACCCGGCCCCAAUCGGGCCACAUCACAUUCAGAUCCCCGGCGGCACCAACGGAUCUGCGCACAAUUUGAAUCUACCUUUGCGCUAG